AUGCAGCAAGAGAAUAAUAGAAGAAAGCGGAUUCCAGGUAUCCAUUCGUGCCUAGCGGUUAUAAACGAGCUGAGGCAAGAGCUGGGGAAGGUGACUGCAUCGAUAAACGACCUCCGUGACAAGAUAUCAGCUAUUUAUAAGCAAGAAAGAGAGAAUUCGCCAAAGAACAACCUCUAUAAAAAACUGGACGAGUUGGCAAGCGAAAUAAAAUCAUUGAAGGAAAGCAGGUCUAAGGCGUUUAAUCUGAAGAGCGAGGCAUUGGGGACAUAUGAGACGAUCAAGGGUGAAAUCCAGCCGGAGAAAGGGAAGAAGAUGAUGAGUGCACAGGAGAUUGACAGCCGGAUGAAGGAGAUAAACCUCAAGUUGAUUUCCACCAAGUGCGACUCGAAAACAGAGAAGAUGUUUGAGUCAGAGAUCGAGAAUCUUAGAAAGCAAAGGAAGAACAUCGGGAUGUUAGAGCAAAAGAGCAAGCUUGCUUUAGAUAUUAAGGCGAAACUUGAUUCUUUGAAUGGAGAAAUUAAAGAUUUGAGCCAAAAGAUAGCAGAAAGGCAAUCGGUUGUAGAUGGAAUCAAAGCGGAGCUAAAGGAGAUCAAUGACCAGGAAAAACCCAAGAACCCUGUGAUUGAGGGGUAUGAGAAGAACAUUCAAGCAUUUAAGAAUAAGAGAAACGAGCUUUCUGAGAAAAUAAAGGCACAGCAGGAGAAGAUCAGGGAAAAGGAGAUUGAGUACGACAAGUUUUUGGAAGAGAUGGCAAUUGCGCAGGCACUUGAGAAGCAAAAGGAAGAGAUAAAGCAGAGAAUAAGUGCUCUUGAGGAGCAAAAGAAUGCGCUUUCGAAGGAAGAAUCAAAGCUCAAUCCCUCGAGGUUUGAUUCUAUCAUAUUUAGGAUGGGAUCUCUUGAUCUAUCUGGAGAAAAGAUCAGCCUUCCUGUUGACCUAGCCCUCUAUCUGAGCCAGCACAAGAUUCCUAUUCCCACAUCUGCUAGCCAAAUGAAGCCAACAAUUGAGGUUCUUAAGUCUCAGAAGGAAAACUUUGCGAGCCAGGUAGUUGAGAAGAGAAAAGAGUUUGAGAACAGGAUUGCCGAUCUAGAAAAGAAGAUAUCUGAGGAGAGAAAAGUUUUGAUGGCCAUGCCUCCUACUGAUGUAAGGGUGUUGAAGUUCAAACGCGAUUAA